CAGUUCCUUGGUUUCUAUUGUUUCUUCGUUGCUCCUCUGCCGCCUGUGCUUUGACAGCUAAUUCACCGCGUUUACCGUAAAGUUAGCUUCCGUUGUCGCGUCCAUCGCCUGCACUCAGCGUUUGCGUCGUUAACGGCUUGAUUACGGAGAAUGGGUCUGGAGUCUGGGAUGACGGAGAGCCGGAUGGUCCAUCCCAAGUACCUUAUCGCUGACGCGCGGCCUCUUGGUCUCGCGGGUUUCGCGGCGACGACCUUCGUGCUAUCAGCUCACAAUGCCGGGUGGGCUCCCGACACGAUCUGGAUCGGCAUGGCGUUCUUCUACGGCGGACUGGGUCAGUUCGUAGCGGGGAUGUGGCAGUUCAAGCGCAACUGCACCUUCACCGCGACCGCCUUCUCCACCUAUGGCUGCUUCUGGAUGGCUAACGGGCUCUUCCACAUCCUCCUGCUGCUCAAUCUGCUUCCAGCGGCGUUCGAAACCAGCGAGUCCGUCGCGUGGUUCCUGACGUCGUUCCUCAUCUUCAACACGUACAUGUGCGUCGCGUCGCUGCUCAUGCCGCUCGUCGAGGUGGUGGUCUUCGUGCUGCUCGAGCUCACCCUCUUCACGCUCAUGGUCGGCAACUUCAAGGGCCAGAAGGCGGGGGAGUCGGGCACCUGGACCAUGGCUGGCGGGUACAUCGGCGUCUUCACGGCUGCUGCUGCGUUUUACUACUCCAUGGCCUGCUGUAUCAACACCAUGAUGAAGAAAAAUGUUGUGUUUAUUGGGAAGCCUCUUGUAUCGAGUCAAGACAAGGAGGAGGCUCUGUAGUGUUUCCCGCCAGAGUUAGCAGCGCAACCAUUCAGCAUGGUUGUGAGAACAUUCCAUGCUGGGUCUUAACCUAGUGCCACAUGCGUGUGCAUUUAGUGUAAUUUCUUCCGAUAUAUUUAUAUCCUAGGGAGAUUUAUAUCCUUUGUAAUGCUGCUGAAUAAUGGAACGGCUAGCAA